AGUGGAACACGAUCGCGCAGCGGAAUUUUCUCGCGGAAAAUCGAAGACUUCGACUGAAAAAAAGUUUUCCCCAGCUUUGGUAAGUAGCGUAGGUGGUACCUAGUCCGAGUUCUUGUUAAGGCAAGGGUUUAAUUGAUUUGUUUCGUUUUUUUCCAGACCUAACUCGCGCAGCCCACUUGAGAACGCGUGGCCACAAGGAGGCAGCGGGCAUGAGCCAUCUAUUUAAUAUUACGGUGAAUCAAUACGGGCGUGGUGGCCGGGGAGGUCGUGGCGGCAAGAAAGGACGUGGGGGUCGUGGAGGAGGAAAUGGAGGGUGGAAAAAAAAGAAGCGGGUGGGAAGGGGAGGGCCUGUGCGCCAAGAGGUGCCGGUGGGAGAAACUCCACCGCCUUCGCCCUUCCUCGAACCACCACCUGCACGACUGAGUGUGGAAAGACCCACGGCACCACCCUUUUCCCCCUUCAACAACACUCCACCACCAUCACCCUUCAGGCCGCCUCCGCCACCGCCCCGGAUGAACCUCAAUCCUCUGGCCUCGUCCUUCGCCGGCCCAAGUUUCCCACCCCCUCGUUCCGCUGCCCCAAACAUCUCGGCGCCGGUUUUUCCGGACCAGCGUUUCCCGGCGUUUCGUUGCGCUGCACCAAGCUUCCCGGCGCCGUAUUUCACGGCCCCACGUAACGUUGCCCCAGCAGAAGGCCAAGGGCCAAGGAUGGUGUGGUGGCAGGUGGGCCCGCCCCAACAGCUGCCUCCGAACGCAAGAGUAGAAGUCCGAGACGAGGGGAAUAGCCUUUAUUAUGGCGCACCAGCAUUACAGGAUGGUGAUCCAGAGGAUGGCGAGCCCGAGGAGGGCGAAAUUAUUGAUUAAA